GAUGGCUGAUUCAGAGGAUGCACCGCUACUCGUCCCCCGGACAGAAAUUGUUACCCCCGGGGCAGUACGGUCGGUACGCACCCGCUCACGGUGUAGUCUUAGUCUAACCGAAAGUGAAGUGCAAAGCUAUAUUGAUGGAGGACAGGGCGAUACAAGUGGCAGAUCCGACAAAGAAACAAGCCAGACAAACGGCCAUUGUCAUGCCAACAAGACGAGAGCAGGUUUGGACAAAACAGCUAGACGCAAGUUGGUGCUGGCUAGUUGUCUAUGUCUAUGCUUCAUGACUGGUGAAUUCGUUGGUGGCAUCCUUGCUCACAGUUUGGCAAUCAUAUCAGACGCUGCACACAUGCUCACCGACUUAGCCAGCUUCCUCAUCAGCCUGUUUGCCAUUUUUCUUGCUUCAAGACCUGCUACAAAAAAAUUAAGCUUUGGAUGGUACAGGGCUGAAAUCCUGGGUGCCCUGAUGUCCAUUGUGAUGCUAUGGGUGCUGACUGGAGUCCUGGUCUACAUGGGUGUGAUUAGAGUUUUAAAGGAUGACUAUGAAAUUAAUCCUGUUAUCAUGUUAAUUACAGCAUCGAUUGGUGUGGGUGUUAACAUCCUAAUGGGUGUAACAUUACACCAACACAGUCACUCACAUGGAGGAGGGGGAAGUCACUCUCACGAUAGUAGUGACACAAAAUCUUUGGUGAAUUCCUCCGCGGAAGACAGAAUUUCUGGUUACGGAUCGGUGACAGAAGCGGACCCUGAGAGCCAGGAAAAGCCAACCAAACAUUCCUCAAACAACAUAAAUGUUAGAGCCGCGUUUAUACAUGUAUUAGGAGACUUACUGCAAAGUAUAGGGGUCCUCAUAGCGGCAGUCCUGAUAUAUUUUAAGCCUGAGUGGAAAAUCGCAGAUCCCAUUUGCACGUUUGUCUUCUCAGUGCUGGUAAUUGUGACAACCUUAACAGUGGUUCGUGAUUUGUUACGUGUUUUAAUGGAAGGGACACCAAGAGGAGUAGAUAUAAAGGAAUUACAGUUACGGUUAUAUGGAUUACCAGGGGUGAAGGAUAUCCAUGACCUACGUGUGUGGUCUCUCUCAAUGGACAAACUGGCCCUCUCAGUCCAUCUGGCUGUCAGUGCGGAUCAUAACCCACUAGAUGUACUUCAAGCAGCCACACAAAUGGUCCAGCUGAACUUUGGUAUCCAGGAGACCACAAUACAGACUGAGGCCUAUGAUGAUGGCAUGGUGAACUGUUCUCAGUGUCAGGAUCUCCCAGACUGACCAAUCAAAAUAGUUUUGGACUGACAUAUGACAAACAUUUUCGACUGACCAAUCACAGACAUUUCAGACUGACCAAUCACAGACAUUUCAGACUGACCAAUCACAAACGUUUCUGAGUGAUUAAUCACAAACGUUUCUGACUGAUUAAUCACAAACGUUUCUGACUGAUUAAUCACAAACGUUUCUGACUGAUUAAUCACAAAACAUUUAAGACUGACCAAUGACAAGCAUUUCAGACUGACCAGACUAAUCAAUCUGGCAUUUAAAUGAAAAUUGUGACUGGUCAAUCACAACAUUUUCUGACUGACUAAUCAGACAUGUUUCAAACUGAUCACAAACUUUUAGCUACAUUAAAAAGAUUGGAUUCACUAAAAUUAACAGGAAUUUUGGAAGGAUUUGCAUUGUAUCGCAGCCACAUAACCCUCGAUACUCGAGGUCGCCGUACUGUUGACUGGCUUUAAACUUUGUUGUCAUUCCUAAGUGAUCUUCAAAAGAAAUAUAUCAGCUUAGAGAUUGGUCAGUUUUAUUUGUUUGUGUUAUAACUUCACAAUUGCCAUGACAUUUAUUCCAGGGAGUGUGUAGAGUUAAAGUUAACAAAUCAAGGAUGCAGCCAUAUUAUUUCCGUUAAAACCCAAACCAUGUUUCUGAAGCAAGCAUCUCCAGCAGUAGUAGUUAUCCAAUCUCCCAGUAGAUAUCCUAUGAUAAGCCCAGAGGGGAUGGGAUCCACCAGUACUAUCUUACACAAUGGACAUUAUUCACUAUUUAUAUGUCGGCGGUAAAGUAGGGGUGGGCUUAUUGUAGGACAACAGAAUAUCAGUUGUUAGCAUUUUUUUGAACUGCAAAAAAACAUGGGUUAGCUUAUUACCAGGCAUGGGCUUAUAAACUAAAUGUGUACAGUAUUUUCGGUAAUCACCAGCAUGUAUUGUAGCUUCAGACAAUAUUUCACAUGAUAGCUAUACUUUUUUCAGCAAAAACCUUUAUAAGAUAGUUAACCUAAUUCUGAUACGUGAUAGCUAACCUAAUUCUGAUCUGUGUUGUUCUGUUCUACAUUUUGUAUUUAUUCAGAGUGUCCAUUGGGAACUGAGAAAGUUGUUGACAACCUUAACAAUAUUUGGGUUGUGGCUCUACUUUUCUUUUUUUUAAUCCAUGGUCUUUCAAUUUGUUCUGCUCUACACUGAAUAAAACUAUUCUAAUGAAAAUUUCUAUCAAUACAGUAGGUAGGGAACAUACCAAUUUGAUUUCAGAAUACCUUCUGUCAUACUGUCUUAUGCUGAAUUGAAAAUUAAAAAAAAAAAGCAACAACAAAAUUGCUUUAAUGAUAAGUGAUCGCAGAAGAAAGGGCCCCGAAAACCUGAGACCAUAGUUUGUCUGUCAUAUUGAUUUUACAACAGUGUCGUACUUAGAGUUCAAAGUUUAAAGUAAAGUAGGCGUAAUAUUUUCAGUUAUAAUUUGAAAAAUAUGCAAGAAUCGAUCAUUUUGUAUUUGAUAUUUAGCCACUCAUUUAUUUCAAAUGCCCCGUAUGACUGCUGUCCACCUUACCAACAGUUUGUUGAAUUAUUUUAGUUUAAAUAUUUUAUUGGUAUGUAAAAUGACAAAGGGAUUAGUAUGGAAGUUUUCCGAACUGAUGAACACCUUCUAUGUUUGUUAUGCUGUAUGUGUACAGUAUAUAAACCAUUCCACCUAGUGAUGACAUGAAUGAUUUUAAGCUUCAUGAUUAUACACUCUGUUAAAUUUAUAUUUAUUCGCUAUGAAGACAUUUUUUUCGAUUUAUAUAAUUUAUGCUGUGGUGCAGUGUCUGUCAUCAGUCUGUCAUCAACUUUUUUCUUUAUACAGCUUCUACUUAUCAAAAAACAAAAGGCUUAUAAUCAUGGUAUUUUUUUGCUGGUUGGUUCGCAAAUGAUAAUGACCUUGAGAUACAUUUGGUAUUCAAGGUCACAAGGGUCAUUUUUUUUUUUUAAGCAUUUCAUUUAUUUUCUGAUUAACUGAAAGGCAGAGAAUCAUCAAAGUGGUGAAUACCAGGUGAAUGAUGCAGGCCCAUUAGGCCACUUGUUGGUUUUUGUUUUACUCAAAUUAUGUGACUUUUCCCCUCUAUUGUUUGUUUUACAUGGUGCUUUAAAAUUUAAGAAAUAUUUUUAAUGUGAAGAGAAAUAUUUGAAUCUGUGUACAAUAUUGAUAGUCAUGUUGACCUCAGUAAUGCUGAAAUAGUACAUACAUCUAUUUAGCAGUAAUCUUAUUUUAAUGCAUUUUUUUUUCUAAAUUGUGAUUGUGCUUAUUACGGUUUUGUUGGUGUGCCAAUUCAUCAUUGCACUUCCUGUAUAUAUAUUUACACUGUUUUAAUCAUUCCUCAUAUUUAUGUAUUUAUCAAUUCAUCAGGAAAACUGGUACUAUACUCUUGUUUAUGUUAUCCUUUUAUUCAAAUGAGUGAUAUGUGACAAUUAAACCAUUUUACUACAUAUGUGUAUUCUUACCUCAAACUUUCGUUUGUAAAUGACCUGCCACUGAACAAAUUUUAAGUGCAAGUGUUUGUCUGUGUAAAUGUUUUGGUGGUGAUGGGAUGGUAUUUAAUCAGUGCAAAAAAAUCUUUAAAAUUCACAAUAAUUAUUUGAAAAUGUACUUAAUUAACGUCAGAGAACUUUUUAAAGGGUUGUCCGUGGUUUUGAGAGGGCUGUCUAUACCAUGAAUAGGUUCCGGCCCCUCACUAUAUUCAUUGUUAACUCACCUGGUCGAAAGGACCAAGGUGAGCUUAUGCCAUACCAUGGCAUCCAGCAUCCGUCCGUCUGUCAACAAUUGACUUCUUCUUCAUAACUGCUGAUCGGAAUUAAACAAAAUUUGACCGGUACCAUCGUUAUGAGGUGGAGAUUCAAAAUUGUACAAAUGGUGGUGCUGACCCCCCAGGGGCCUGAGGGGAUAGGCCCAGGGGUCUUUCCCCACCCCAAGGGACUUAGUUUCAUUAAACUCAAUGUUGUUAAAACAAUCCCUGUGGUCUUUUUUACAUUCCCUAGAGAGUCAGGACUUUGUUUCUGGGUUUUAUCUUUGAAGCAGUUGAGAUCUGUUCCCCUUAACCAUAUAUUAUAAGCAUUGUUUGACAUCAUCAAAUAAAGCUAUAAACAAAUUGAACAUGAACAUAUUUUGACUUUUGGUCAAAUCCAACCAGGUGAGCGACACAGGCCCCUGGGCUUCUUGUUGAAACUUUCCAAUGUAAGAUGUAAACGCCUUUCAAAUUACAUCUGUAUUUACAAAAGGAUAGCUGUAUACUGUAUGGGAGUAUUGUAUUAUUUUUUCGUAUCUUUAUUUUAAAUGGUUAUCUGAUGUAUCAAACCAAGAGACAACAUAAUGAAUAAUGUGUGUGUGAUAGAAAUGCUCCCUUUAACUCCUGGUCAUUCAGGAAAGCCUCAUAUCUCAUAUUAGAUUCUUAUUUACGAUAUAAAACCCUGAUGUUUCUCGAGCAUUUGGCCCUUAUGGUUUUCAGACAGCAGUAAGUUUGCUUACUGUGAAGUGUUUUUUAGUCCCACCAUCUGAUAGCCCAUCCUUAUGGACUCAUUCAAAUCACCCUGUGUCCAUGGUAAAUCGGCCUUCUGCCAUCUGUAAACAACCCUUGUUAUCACUAUUUCUUGAAAAGUACUGGAGUGAUAAUCUUCAAACUUCCUGUGUACUCACCUUGGUCACUAGUUGUGCCAAUUGAAUCUAGAUUUUUGAUCUAAAAUAAAAUUGCUGACACAGGUUUUGGGUACUCCCUUCCCUGUUGUCUAGUAUACUGGACAAGGUUUUGGGUACUCCCUUCCCUGUUGUCUAGUAUACUGGACAAGGUUUUGGGUACUCCCAUCCCUGUUGUCUAGAAUACUGGACAAGGUUUUGUGAACUCAAUCCCUUUCUUGUUAUCUAAUGGACAAGUUUUUAGGUACCUGGAAGCUGAAAAAAAUAUGAUACAGGAAGACUUCGACCAUUUUAAUUCGUAGUUAGGAAAUAAGUAUAUAUAAUGUGAAAAACCUAUGCAGCAGUAUUAACACAAUGUCAUGUGUAUGAUGUACCUGUACAUCAGGUAAAUUCAAUUAAAAAAAAUGUGCCAAUGCUAACACUCUUUCAUUAUCCUAUCCAUCUCUUAUGUUUAUUUCACAAAUUUAUAUUAGGCUUUCCCUAAUCUCUGCACAAGGAACAUGAUACACAAAUUCUAUAUGGAAUACGGCACUCAGUAACGUCUACUUUGGAUUUGGUUAGCUCGUUCAAUAAAGUUUGGUUUGAGAACUAUUCAAGAUUGGGACGGGAAAUAUUCUUUUAGCUCAGUCAAUAACGUCUAAUUCGGGAACAAUUCUCAAUAACCUCUAAUUGUAGAACUGUUUUAGCUCAAUAACGUCAAGUUUGGGAAGUAUUCUUUAGUUAGCUUUAUAAUGUAUAGUUUGGGAAGUAUUCUUUAGUUAGCUUAAUAAGGUAUAGUUUGGGAAGUAUUCUUUAGUUAGUUUAAUAAUGUAUAGUUUGGGAAGUAUUCUUUAGUUAGCUUAAUAAGGUAUAGUUUGGGAAGUAUUCUUUAGUUAGUUUAAUAAUGUAUAGUUUGGGAAGUAUUCUUUAGUUAGCUUAAUAAGGUAUAGUUUGGGAAGUAUUCUUCAGCUAUAGCUCAAUAACGUCUAGUUUGGGAAGUAUUCUUUAGUUAGCUUUGUAAGGUCUAGUUUGGGAAGUAUUCUUUAGUUAGUUUAAUAACGUCUAGUUUGGGAUGUAUUCUUCAGCUAUCGCUCAAUAACAUCUAGUUUAGGAAGUAUUUUUCAGCUAUCGCUCAAUAACAUCUAGUAUUCUUUAGUUAGCUUGAUAACGUCUAGUUUGGGAAGUUUUAGUUUUUCUCUCUCAAUAAGGUCUUAUUUUAGAAGUAUUCUUUAGCUCGCUCAAAAACAUUCGGUUUGGGAACUGGUGCUCUUGUUUCCCUUGUGACUUUAAACCUAAUGCAUAUCUCAUCAAACGUUUCCUGAUAUCUAAUUAUUUUGCGCUCCCACAUAACUGAAAUACGACCUUCUAUGUAUUCUCAUAUAUUAUGUCUACAUGUGUGAUUAUUGUCCCUAUAAUGGACGGAUAUUGAUUUCUAAUUCAGACUGGACCGGCACUAUGUACACAUGUAUAUGUAACUUCUUACACGGGUCUUGGUUGACAAUAGUGUUAAGUGACAGUUACGUACUUACAGGACAAAUAAAUCAAAAUUUAUAAUGAAAUGUUUUUGAUGGAU